GAGAACUAAGAAAGUAUCGCCGACAACAGGUUAGUAGAAAAAUCUAUGGCAGCUUUUUGUAUAGGGCUUUCCUGUAACGCCAAGUACGGAAACAUGGUUAUCACAUAUCUGGCAUACAAACUGGUAGCUACCUUUGACCUUAGUUAACCUCAGCAUACUAACCAUAAAGUUGCAGUUUGUUAGCUGCUAUUAAAAAUAAUGUCAAGAAUUCCAAGAUUGAUGGUUCAUGGUUGACUUGACGAGCAUUUUCAGACAAAAGGUCUAUCAUCAGAUAGAACAGGUGAACUAAUGAUUUGAAUGAUGUUUUUUUUGCUCACCCUCAGCAAUUAGAACUCAUCACACCUUUCCAACUAUACUUCAAUCCUGAUUUAAUACUAAGGAAUUAUCAGGUGAGUACAAGGAAUCAUCUGCCAUUUAGCUACUGUAUCAGGUAUGAAAAACAAUUAGGAGUUUUUAAUCUUAGGCCUGCUGUGUAAAUGUAGCAGGUUUUUAAACUAUGUGAGAUGCAAGGUUGACUGAUUUUCUCUGUUCUGUCUUGUAGGUAUGGAGACUCAUUACCAACUUUCUAUUUUUCGGUCCAGUUGGCUUCAACUUCCUUUUCAAUAUGAUUUUUUUGUAUCCUUUUUCCGCUGCACAUGUCUUGCUCUGAGUUUACUUGUGAAAUUGAUCUUUGCAUAUUUUUUUCUUCCCCUUUGAUUGGAAGCACUAUGCUACUCAUAAAAUACUUGUCUUGAACAAGAAGACUAGCCAUGUUUCAUUCAUUUGUAAUCAUGAUGCAACUGUCUAAUCAUAAUUAAUUAUAGGCUAAAUAUUUGCUUUGCACUUGCCAGAUUUCCUUAACCGUUGGCUUCCAGGUACCGAUACUGUCGUAUGCUGGAGGAGGGCUCUUUCAGGGGCCGCACCGCUGACUUUGUCUUCAUGUUCCUCUUCGGUGGCCUUCUGAUGACUGUAUCCUUAUUAUACUGUUACUGUCAUGGUCUUAUUUGAUACUGCAGGAGUCAAGACAUGUUCAAUACCACAUAGACUUUAUCUACCUGUAUUUGUCACAUUCUUAGCAAGCUUCUGAUUGAGCUCUUACUAGGGCCUACUGUUGUACAAUGCUGUAUGUGUGUGCAUGAAAUAUAUAGGCCUAUGUUAUCCACAGGUGCCCUUAUGAGAAGCUCUUGAAACAGUCACACUCCUUGCCCCCUGAUUUCCUUUCAUCUGUGUUUAGACUAGUUGUCAUACUGAGAAUUAACCGGUUGGCUGCAGUUAAUAGCAUAGCCUAAGUAAGAGGAAAUCAACUCAAAUAAUUCUGUUGACUGUGUUUAUGGACUGCAAAACACCCACUGUAUGCCAAUUCAAUCCACCAAUAACCUUUUUUUUCUUAGUAAGCACAUAGAUAUUUGGCACCUUUGUGAGUCUGGUGUUCUUGGGCCAAGCCUUCACCAUCAUGCUGGUGUACGUGUGGAGCAGGCGCAACCCCAACGUUCGCAUGAACUUCUUUGGCCUGCUAAACUUUCAGGCGCCCUUUCUCCCUUGGGUGCUCAUGGGAUUCUCUCUGCUGCUGGGCAACUCCAUCAUUGUGGAUUUACUAGGUACCAGUCACCCUAACCACCAUGAAUCAUUUCUGUAAUGCAUCAACGUUAUUAAUGACUUUAAGAUCCAAAAGGGCUUUGCCUUAUUGACCAUUGAGGAGUGGGGACUAGUAGGGCCGUGACGAUACCAGUAUUGUGAUACUCGUGAGUAUCGUGGCAAGGGAAAAAGCACGAAACUGAUUUAACUCCAUUAGGAAAACAGCCCUAAUGUUGUCAUCCAGAGUCACAUUUAUUUAUUUUUCAAGCUAUAGCACACAAUAUUUUACAUACAGCAGUUUUUUAAACGACCAAAGAGUUUGAUCUGCUUCGUGUUUUCACUUUUGCCAUGGAAAGAACAUUGUGAUACUGAUGUCAUCACAUCCCUAGUGAAUUAACUGGUCAAUGUGCCCCCUUCCCUAAGGUAUCGCUGUGGGUCAUGUGUACUUCUUUCUGGAGGAUGUGUUCCCAAACCAGCCAGGUGGUGGCAGAUGGCUCAAGACUCCCUUUUUUCUGUAAGUUUGGCCAUUUAUAAGGUUGAUUAUGGUUCUAGUACAGUCCAAGAAUGAAUGUAUUGUCUUAUGAUAGAAACUGCAGUGUUUAGGCCAUGAGUCUGCUGAGAGAUGGUAAUAUUGCUGGAGAGACCGGGUGCACACACAAAUAGCAGUAAGCAUGAUACAGAGUGAACAAUAAUUAUUCUAAUAUGGAUAUUGCCAACAUUAACAAUGUUAUAAUAACCAAUGUUUUGACAUGUUCUUCUCAAGGUAAGCUGUCCAAAAUGUUGUUUGUUGAUUGGUAUGAUGAUUCUAGAAAAGGAAAGGCACAUCAAUAGCCAAAAGUAGAAAUAUACCAUUCAUUUAUCAGAUCAGCAAUAGUGAUGGGGGAAAAAAUCGAUAGGUACAUAUCGCAAUAUUAUUUUGGACAAUAUAUUAUUUAUAAUUUGACUCAAAGUAUCGAUUUGUAAAAAAUCUUCUUUUUAAAUAGUGAGCCAACAUGUUUUCUGCCCUUUUAUUUCCAUGAAUGAUCAAAACUCAUUUCUCAUGCUCUCUCUUCUCUCUGCAGUAGACAUGGUGAGCAAAAUGUUUGGAACAUCAAAACGCAAUAAAAUCGCAGUAUCGAAUCGCAAUACAUGUAGAAUCGUGAGAAUUGCAAUACAAAUCAUAUAGGUCCCUGGCAAUUCCCAGCCCUAAUGAGCAACAUACAGUGCAUUCGGAAAAGAAUUCAGACCCCUUGACCUUUUCUACGUUUUGUUACGUUACAGCCUUAUUCUAAAAUUGAUUAAAUAGUUUUUUCCCCCUCAUCAAUCUACACACUACCUUCAUAAUGACAAAGCAAAAACAGGUUUUUAGAAAUUGUUGCGAAACAUAAAAAAUGGAAAUAUAACAUUUACAUAAUUAUUCAGAUCCUUUACUCAGUACUUUGUUGAAGCAUCUUUGGCAGCGUUUACAGCCUCGAGUCUUCUUGGGUAUGACACUACAAGCUUGGCACACCUGUAUUUGGGGAGUUUCUUCCAUUCUUCUCUGCAGAUCCUCUCAAGCUCUGUCAGGCUGGAUGGGGAGCGUCGCUGCACAGCUAUUUUCAGGUCUCCAGAGAUGUUCGAUCGGGUUCAAGUCUGGGCUCUGGCUGGGCCACUCAAUGACAUUCAGAGACUUGUCCCAAAACCACUCCUGCGUUGUCUUGGCUGUGUGCUUAGGGUGGUUGUCCUGUUGGAAGGUGAACCUUCACCCCAGUCUGAGGUCCUGAGUGCUCCGGAGCAGAUUUUCAUCAAGGAUCUCUCUCUGUACUUUGCUCCGUUCAUCUUUCCCUCAAUCCUGACUAGUCCCCCAGUCCCUGCCGCUGACCGUAGGGAUGGUGCCAGGUUUCCUCCAGACGUGACGCUUGGCAUUCAGGCAAAGAGUUAAAUCUGGGUUUCAUCAGACCAGAGAAUCUUGUUUAUCUUGGUCUGAGAGUCCUUUAGGCAAAGUCCAAGCGGGCUGUCAUGUUCCUUUUACUGAGGAGUGGCUUCCGUCUGGCCACUACCAUAAAGGCCUGAUUGGUGGAGUGCUGCAGAGAUGGUUGUCCUUCUGGAAGGUUCUCCCAUCUCCACAGAGGAACUCUGGAGCUCUGUCAGAGUGGCCAUCGGGUUCUUGGUCACCUCCCUGACCAGGGCCCUUCUCCCCCGAUUGCUCAGUUUGGCCAGGCGGCCAGCUCUAGGAAGAGUCUUGGUGGUUCCAAACUCCUUCCAUUUAAGAAUGAUGGAGGCCACUGUGUUCUUGGGGACCUUCAAUGCUGCAGACAUUUUUUGGUACCCUUCCCCAGAUCUGUGCCUUGACACAAUCCUGUCUCGGAGCUCUAUGGACAAUUCCUUCGACCUCAUUGCUUAGUUUUUGCUCUGACAUGCACUGUCAAAUGUGUGACCUUAUGUAGACCGGUGUGUGCCUUUCCAAAUCAUGUCCAAUCAAUUGAAUUUACCACAGGUGGACUCCAAUCAAGUUGUAGAAACAUCUCAAGGAUGAUCACUGGAAACAGGAUGCACCUGAGCUCAAUUUCGAGUCUCAUAGCAAAGGGUCUGAAUACUUAUGUAAAGAAGGUGUUUCUGUUUUAUUUUUUAUUAAUUAGCAAACAUUUCUAAAAACCUGUUUUCAAAAUACCCCAUAAUGUCAAAGUGGAAAUUGUGUUUUUAGAAAUGUUUACAAAUUAAUUAAAAAUGAAAAUCUGAAAUGUCUUGAUUCAAUAAGUAUUCAACCCUUUUGUUAUGGCAAGCAUAAAUAAGUGAAGGAGUAAAAUGUGCUUAACAAGUCACAUAAUAAGUUGCAUGGACUCACUGUGUACAAUAAUAGUGUUUAACAUGAUUUGUAAAUGACUACCCCAUCUCUGUACCACACACAUACAAGGUCCCUUAGUCGAGCAAUGAAUUUCAAGCACAGAUUCAACCACAAAGACCAAUGAGGUUAUUCAAUGUUUUGCAAAGAAGGGCACCUAUUGGUAGAUGGGUAAAAAAUAUAUAUAUUUGAGCAUGGGAAGUUAUUAAUUACACUUUGGAUGGUGUAUCAAUACACCCAGUCACUACACAGAUACAGGCACCCUUCCUAACUCAGGGAUUUCACCAUGCGGCCAAUGGUAACUUUAAAACAAUUACAGAGUUUAGUGGCUGUGAUAGAUGACUGACAACAUUGUAGUUACUCCACAAUACUAACCUAAAUGACAGAGUGAAAAGAAGGAAACCUGUACAGAAUAAACACAUUCCAAAACAUGAAUUAUGUUUGUAAUAAGGCAAUAAAGUAAAACUGCAAAAAAUGUACUUUAUGUCCUGAAUACUAAGUGUUUUAUGUUAAAUCCAACACAUCACUGAGUACCACUCUUCAUAUUUUCAAGCAUGGUUGUGGCUGCAUCAUGUUAUGGGUUAUGUUUUGUCAUCGUCAAGGACUAGGUAGUUUUUUUGGGUAAAAAGAAACGGAAUAGAGCUAAGUACGGGCCAAAUCCAAAAAAAACUUGGUUCAGUCUGCUUUCCAACAGACACUGGGAGACAAAUUCACCUUUCAGCAGGACAAUAACCUAAAACACAAGGCCAAAUAUAUACUGGAGUUGCUUACCAAGAUGACAUUGAAUGUUCCUGAGUGGCCUAGUUACACUUUUGACUUAAAUCGGCUUGAAAAUCUAUGGAAAGAUUUGAAAAUGGCUGUCUAGCAAUGAUCAACAACAAGCUUGAAGAAUUUUGAAAAGAAUAAUGGGCAGAUAUUGUACAAUCGAGGUGCGCAAAGCUCUUAGAGACUCACCCAGAAAGACUCACAACUGUAAUCGCUGCCAAAGGUGAUUCUAACAUGUAUUGACUCAGCGGGUUGAAUACUGAUCUAAUCAAGAUAUAUUAGUGUUUUAUUUUCCAUAAAUUCUAACAUCACAAAUGUUUUUUUCUUCCACUUUGACAUUACAUACUUUUUUUGUAUGGACGAGUAUUAGGGCUUGUAUUAUAUAUUUUUGGCACAAUAAUACUUUUUAAAAAAGUGCCAAUAUUUCAAGAAUAAAGUCUCUAAAUUUAAUUGAGAAUAAAGUAAAUGUUGAGAAAGUCAGUUAUAUUUCAAGAUUAUAGUUGGGAAUUUGGUUAACUGCAUGUCUCCCUGGCUCCAUGUUGCUGUGCGUGCCACCAUUGAAAUGCCUGCAGUUAGAUGACCUGGUGAAACUAUACUUUAGAAUUGGCUUUAGUAACAAGGAAAUCCUUUCUCUUUUAGCACAUAUUAACCAUAUUAUAAGUAGGCCUAUUAGGACAUGUAAGAGGUUGUGCCACAGAUUAUUUUCAUAAGGAGGAACCACACAGACUUGGAUGAGGUAUUUCAUCCAAGUCCGUGUGGUUACAUACAUGGUUAGAGACAGGUGAGUUGUGUGGGGUCGGGGGGUCGAAUACACUCGUUCAAACAGGUGUCACACAAACACACACAGUAUCCUCAAAGCAAUACAAUUCUAACGGCCAUGGUGCGUUGUCAGACUGCGAAGAGACCUGGAGUUGCGUGCAGACAUGGUGCCCUUCGAAUUUGCUACAAUGUUAUCCUCAAUCCCCUUCGUAUGCCAUCACCAUUUUAGAGAGUAACAACUAGGCCAGCAGCCUAUAUGUAGAAACGAAAGUUUAACUUACACAUUUGUGCGUAAUGCCAUGCAUGGUGUUUUAUGUAGGCUACACUUACAAUGAAGUAGCCUCGUAUGCCCAUUAUCUUGUGAAUGUAGGUCACGGAUUGCGUGGAGAAGAAUUGCGCGUCCUGUCGGGCUCAAGGGCUGCCCCCAUACCCCUGUCAUGGACCUUGCCACGGGGCAGGGGUUUGAGUAAAGUCCCAUCUGAGACAGUAAUUUUACGUUCCGUUAUUAUAACCAUACAGCCAACAGGUCUAGCCUCUAAGGUGAACAAGUGGGGUAGCCAAGUUAGCUUUAUAACUGAGACAAAUAGCCUAUAACGGAGACGAUGUUCCUGUUUUGGGAUAACCUACAGUGGGGGAAAAAAAGUAUUUAGUCAGCCACCAAUUGUGCAAGUUCUCCCACUUAAAAAGAUGAGAGAGGCCUGUAAUUUUCAUCAUAGGUACACGUCAACUAUGACAGACAAAAUGAGGAAAAAAAUUCCAGAAAAUCACAUUGUAGGAUUUUUAAUGAAUUCAUUUGCAAAUUAUGGUGGAAAAUAAGUAUUUGGUCAAUAACAAAAGUUUCUCAAUACUUUGUUAUAUACCCUUUGUUGGCAAUGACACAGGUCAAACGUUUUCUGUAAGUCUUCACAAGGUUUUCACACACUGUUGCUGGUAUUUUGGCCCAUUCCUCCAUGCAGAUCUCCUCUAGAGCAGUGGACUUUCAACUCCCUCCAAAGAUUUUCUAUGGGGUUGAGAUCUGGAGACUGGCUAGGCCACUCCAGGACCUUGAAAUGCUUCUUACGAAGCCACUCCUUCGUUGCCUGGGAGGUGUGUUUGGGAUCAUUGUCAUGCUGAAAGACCCAGCCACGUUUCAUCUUCAAUGCCCUUGCUGAUGGAAGGAGGUUUUCACUCAAAAUCUCACGAUACAUGGCCCCAUUCAUUCUUUCCUUUACACGGAUCAGUCGUCCUGGUCCCUUUGCAGAAAAACAGCCCCAAAGCAUGAUGUUUCCACCCCCAUGGUUCACAGUAGGUAUGGUGUUCUUUGGAUGCAACUCAGCAUUCUUUGUCCUCCAAACACGACGAGUUGAGUUUUUACCAAAAAGUUAUAUUUUGGUUUCAUCUGACCAUAUGACAUUCUCCCAAUCCUCUUCUGGAUCAUCCAAAUGCACUCUAGCAAACUUCAGACGGGCCUGGACAUGUACUGGCUUAAGCAGGGGGACACGUCUGGUACUGCAGGAUUUGAGUCCCUGGCGGCGUAGUGUGUUACUGAUGGUAGGCUUUGUUACUUUGGUCCCAGCUCUCUGCAGGUCAUUCACUAGGUCCCCCCGUGUGGUUCUGGGAUUUUUGCUCACCGUUCUUGUGAUCAUUUUGACCCCACGGGGUGAGAUCUUGCGUGGAGCCCAGAUCGAGGGAGAUUAUCAGUGGUCUUGUAUGUCUUCCAUUUCCUAAUAAUUGCUCCCACAGUUGAUUUCUUCAAACCAAGCUGCUUACCUAUUGCAGAUUCAGUCUUCCCAGCCUGGUGCAGGUCUACAAUUUUGUUUCUGGUGUCCUUUGACAGCUCUUUGGACUUGGCCAUAGUGGAGUUUGGAGUGUGACUGUUUGAGGUUGUGGACAGGUGUCUUUUAUACUGAUAACAAGUUCAAACAGGUGCCAUUAAUACAGGUAACGAGUGGAGGACAGAGGAGCCUCUUAAAGAAGUUGUUACAGGUCUGUGAGAGCCAGAAAUCUUGCUUGUUUGUAGGUGACCAAAUACUUAUUUUCCACCAUAAUUUGCAAAUAAAUUCAUAAAAAAUCCUACAAUGUGUUUUUCUGGAUUUUCUUUCCUCAAUUUGUCUGUCAUAGUUGACGUGUACCUAUGAUGAAAAUUACAGGCCUCUCUCAUCUUUUUAAGUGGGAGAACUUGCACAAUUGGUGGCUGACUAAAUACUUUUCCCCCCCACUGUAUGCAUCUUUCAUUCCUCCCAUCCUUGAAGACCGAUAGAUGGAUAGUGAAAGGAGAUAUUACGCUAGGCUACCAACCAAGUCAUGUCAGAUCAGUGAUUAUUUCUUUAUAGCCUAUAUAGGCUAUCAUUUAACUAAUAGGCUUAUAUUUAGAUCAAUGAUUAUUUCAAGAAAGGGAGAAUGCAUCCAUGAAUAUAUUCAAACAGCACCUCAGAUUAGCUGGUUUGCACAUGCAGGAGUGGUCCUUGAGUUGCCUCUCCUCCCACAGACACUUGCGUAAAACCCCUGCUUCAUUGUUCAGUCCUCCCACAGCCGUUGGAUAGGCCUAUAAUUUAAUUUUACUUGACCACUGUAAUGUACGAUUAGCCUACAGGUUAGGGUACUCAAUCUAGUGGGCCGAUAUAGGUCUAUAAUGGGCUACAAAAUAGCGGUGUUGUAGCGAAUUUGGAGAGCAGCUUGACAUGGGACACACACACGCAUAGCCCCCGGUCUCCAGGAUCCCAUGAUAAUUUGUUUUAUUGGGUGUGCUCACGUAGCCUACUCGCCUAUAGUCGUUAGAAGGAUAGUUGCCAUAAGGGGGAAAUCCUACUAUUCGUAAAGCACCAUGGAUAAGGUCGUUAAUAGUUGCCAUUAUGCACAGAUUUUUUGCAAAGUGUUCGCCUAGGCUAUGCAGCAGAAUGUUGUAGUUUGGAGGGCAGACUGACCGGGACUCAACCCCAGUUCUCUUCGCAUUCAGUGACCGUGCCAAAAAGUGUUUAUUUUGUGAUCAUAACGGAGCAUGGUCGUUAGAAGAGUGUAUGCCUAUAGUCUGAAAUGGCCAGGGGGAAAGUUGGUGUGUGCGUGCGAGUUAUUCGAUAAUUAGAUUGAUAAGCGUGAAUGCGCAGUGACGCCUGUUUGAACGAGUGUAUUAGAUCAUUAGAUUGACGGCCAUUUGUUUUUGUUUAUUUUUACCGUCCACACACACACACACACACACACAACCCGCCCGUCUCUACCUAUGUAAAUUACGUAACUACGGUUCCUCCUUCUGAAAAUAAUCUGUGGCACAACCUUUUCCAGGUCCUAAUACUUAUAAUAAUAUGGCCUUUAUGUGCUAAAAGAGCAAAGAUUUCCAUCUUACUAAAGCCAAUUCUAAAGUAUAGUUUCACCAGGUCAUCUAACUCGGCAUUUCAAUGGUGGUGCGCACAACAACAGGGAGCCAGGGAGACAUGACUUAACCAAAUCCCCUACAUUCAUCUUGAAAUAUAACCAACUUUAUUCUCAAUGUUGACUUUAUUCUAAAAUAUAUUUUGUUUAUUCUCGAAAUAUUGCCACUUUAUUCACUAAAUGUUAUUUAUGUUAUUCUUGAAAUAUUGGCACUUUUUUAAAGUACAUUCAUGCAACAAAAAAAAAUAAUCCAAGUACCACCAGUGCUGUUUAUCUAUUUUUUUCUCUUCACUUGGCCCUAAUACUCUUCUGUAAUUUUGUGUAGAUGGUUGACAAAAAAAUGACAAUUCAAUGUAAUCCCACUUUGUAACACAACAAAAUUUUGAAAAAGUCAAGGGGUGUGAAUACUUUCUGAAGGCACUGUAUUAUUAAUAGCAUCUUAAGCAUAUUGUACCUUGUUUUGGUUUGUAUAUGUAAUCCUUCACCUGUCUCUGUUAUUUUGUCUCUCCCACAGUAAGAUGCUGUUUGACACUCCAGAGGAAGAUGCCAACUACAACCCCCUUCCUGAGGAGCGUCCAGGGGGAUUCGCCUGGGGAGAGGGACAGCGCCUCGGGGGUUAACCUAGCCCCCCACCACAGGAUCACUUUAUAAGGACAUUCCUUCAGAGAGACAGAGGGAUAAACUUGGUCUUUUUUUCUCAACUUAUUUCUCUAGUUCUGGAUGGAGAAUGCCAAUCUCCAACCAGAGCUUUUCUGAGAUUGGUGUGUGACUUACAUCUCCCUCAAACUGUUGUAUAAACCAGACUGUCACUUUAAGACCACAUGAGGACAUAACAACAGCAAUGGACUUUUAAUGGCAAACCUUUGGCUGUGUUGACGUUUGGCUUUAUCUCUGGGGGGGAAAAAAUAGGCUCAACAAUAUUGUCAAUACAUGAAACA